AUGAAUCCGGCCGGUGUGUGUGGUUCGAACCCGAUCUCUGCCUCUCGACUUCCCCUUUCUAGGCUUGGGCAACCUGGCAGUAUCCCAGCCCUCGUGCAACCUUCGGGUGGCAUGGCAGUUAGGCACCGGAAGGGUGCUACAGCUGAACGAGACGUGUGUAUCUUAUUAGAAGAAUAUUGUACAAGUUGA